GACUAUCUGCAAAUUGGCACUCCCACAGUGAGCUCCUGCGGUUGGUGGCUGUAGAUUACUUUACUUCUUCUUGGUUUCUUCAAAAGAUUUAAGCAAACUGUUGGUGUUCUAGUUGAACAAAAUGCGUCUGCCAAGCACCUACUUUUUCACCCUGGAUUGCCACCAGGCAGCGAUUAUCGUCGCAAUUUUCGACCUGCUAUGGCAUUUAGCAAUGCUAUUCAUCACCAAGUUCCUUCAUGUACUGAUGAUGAGCUCCGAUGCUGUCAAUGCAGAUGCCAAAAAACUCAAUGAAACGCAACAUUUGACAGAGGCAGAAAAAGAAAUAAAUAUGGUAUCAAUCAUUGAAGUGUUCACGAUAAUCACUAUUUGCCUUAUGAUGUAUGCUGUGUUCUCGAAAAAGAGAUGGUUUAUGCUACCCUGGUUCCUCGUUUCAAUUUUGAAAAUCGUGAUAGAUUUUUCUCUUUUUUACGAAGUGACAGGGUUCAUAUUCAAUUUUUCAAAUGAGCCUUAUAAAGCUUUGAUUUGGUGGACUUUGCUGCACCUGGUUAUCAUGGGAACUGCGAUCUACUCGUUUCUGGCAGUUUCCUGCAGUUUCAACGAAAUCGGGCGGGUCAACAAUGGGACAGCCUCAGUGGACGACAGUGCAGUCCGUUUUCAAGCAUUUGACGAUUCAAAUGUAACGGGAGUUGUUUGACCCAUACACCAUACAGCAUUGGGACAACAGAACAGAGUGCAGCUUAUAUUAACGAGCAAUAAUGUUUGUGCCAAAGAUUAGUUUAGGUUAAAAAUGUUAAGAUUUACCAUAUCCCUCUCUGCAAUUCAUAUUGCCAAUAUGUUUUCUACGCACAUACAGGGUUCUGAAAAACCCGAUUGUUACAUUUAGCCCAACCAACUUGGGUUUAAGGGGGGUGAUUUAGGUUUCAAGGGUUUUUUCAAUAUUGUACGUGGCAUUGGGUAUUGUGGUGCCAUAACCAUAAGUCAUUUUUGCUUGUAUUUGAAAUUGAAUUCAUAACUGAACAAGUAUCAUGAGUUCAGUUAAUCAAUGAAGGAUAAAAUACUAAAAAUAUUGAAGGAGCUUAAUUGGGUUAAAUAUUGGGUUUUUAGCCUGGGAUACACCGAAAAACCCAGGGUCCGUUAAAACCAAGUCCGGGAAAAUUUGGAACCCUGCGCCCACGAAUAUUUACCUGAGAGAUCAAGUGACUUAAUGUCUGUAAGUGAUGACGCAAAUAAACAUGAUAUAUAAUAUAAUAGGAAAAUCCUUCCAUUGAUACGAGGUUAUAUUAAAAUGAACUUGACGAAAUUAACAAAUUGUUUCAGUCAUAAAAAAUUGGAAAUCACCAAUAAAAGUUAAAACUUGGAAAAUGAGUAA